GAUCAACUCCUGCCUGAGCUGAAUGUACUGCUAAAGCUCUUGGACCAUGAAUACUUGAGCUCAACCACGAUGGAGAAGAAAACAGCUGUCUCAAACAUCUUACAGAAGCUGCAGCCCCCCACAGGGAAAGAUGUGAACGACAUGUAUAUGAAUACAGAAACACUGCAUAAUGGCACUAGCUUUGUGGAGUCACUCUUUGAAGGCUUUGACUGUGACUUGAGCAAUCUUCAGGACAUGCAAGAGGAUGAUGGAGAUGCCAAAGAAGGCAUCAGCUUGGAGCUUUCAAGGAGUCAGUUGGCUAAAAGUGUUUCAGGGGAGCCACCUCCACCAUUGCCUACCACACCUCCUCCUGAAGAUUAUUAUGAGGAGGCACUGCCACUGGGCCCAGGCAAAGCCCCAGAAUACAUUACCUCCCACAAUAGCUCCAGUCCCCCCAACUCAAUAGAGGAUGGAUAUUAUGAGGAUGCAGAUAGCAACUACCCUGUCACCAGAAUAAAUGGAGAACAGAAGAACUCUUACAAUGACUCUGAUGCAAUGAGUAGCUCCUAUGAGUCUUACGAUGAGGAUGAGGAGGAUGGGAAAGGCCAGAGGUUAACACACCAGUGGCCAUCAGAGGAAGCUUCCAUGAACCUGGUGAAAGACUGCAGGAUUUGUGCUUUCCUGUUGCGUAAGAAGCGCUUCGGGCAAUGGGCCAAGCAGCUGACGGUCAUCAAGGACAACAAACUCCUAUGUUACAAAAGCUCCAAGCACCGGCAGCCACACCUCGAGGUCCCCCUGGGCGUUUGCAAUGUUGUCUACGUGCCAAAAGAUGGACGCCGUAAGAAGCAUGAGCUACGCUUUUCCUUGCCAGGAGCAGAGGCCUUGGUGCUGGCUGUGCAGAGCAAAGAACAGGCUGAGGAGUGGCUAAAGGUGAUAAAGGAACUCAGCAGUCCCAUUGGAAGUGGACAAAGUAGAACCGAAGUUCCCACAUCUCCAUUGCUCACAUGCAAGAUGGACCAUGACAAGAGAUCCUCUCAGGACAAGCAUACUUCUGAUUCUGACAGUGUGGCAACAGCAGAAAAUUGCUCUUCUGUGGCUCGGAGGGAGACCCAUGAGCAAGGGAAAGGCAAAAAACGUGGUUUGGCUGAGUUAAAAGGCUCUGUAAGUCGAGCAGCUGGGAGAAAAAUCACUAGAAUUAUCAGCUUCUCCAAGAAGAAGCCAUCUCCUGAGGACACCCAGACAUCCUCUACAGAAGAAGACAUUCCAUGCUGUGGCUACCUGAAUGUUCUGAUUAACCAGUGCUGGAAGGAACGUUGGUGUCGUUUGAAAGGCAACACACUUUAUUUCCACAAGGACCGCACAGACUUGAGAACACAUGUGAAUGCCAUUGCCUUACGAGGUUGUGAGGUGGCACCAGGCCUGGGCCCCAAGCACCCCUUUGCUUUUCGCAUCCUCCGCAGUGGACAAGAGGUCUCUGCCUUGGAGGCAAGCAGCUAUGAAGAUCUAGGGCGCUGGCUUGGGCUGCUGCUAGUUGAAACUGGUUCCCAGACAACCCCAGAGGCUUUGCACUAUGAUUAUGUGGAUGUGGAGAAAAUAGCCAACAUCAUCAAUGCUGUGAGGCACUCGUACAUGUGGGCCAGCUCCUCCCCUGAGAACCAAACAGACUCUUCCCGUGUGUUAUAUGAUGAAGUCCCUUAUGAGAAAGUGGAGUUGGAAAAGUCAGAGUGGCCCUUGGGAUCCCAGGUGAAGCGCCAUGGCUCCUCCUGCAGUGAGAAAUCACGCCGUGUAGAUCCACAAGUGAAAGUUAAACGCCAUGCUUCAAAUGCCAAUAACUACAAGUAUGGCAAGAAUCGAGCUGAGGAAGAUGCCAGGAGGUUCCUGACUGAAAAGGACAAACUGGAGAAGGAGAAAGCAUCUAUUAGGAAUGAGCUUAUGGGUCUGCGUAAGGAAAAGCGGGAGCUGCGGGAAGCCAUGAAGAGCAGCUCAGGAAAAGACCUCAAAGACCUGGAACAUCGCAUUGCAACCCUGGAGGAGCAAUGCAAAGCCAAUGAAGCACGGCGCGUGGACCUAGAGCUCAAGCUGACAGAGGUGAAAGAUAGGCUGAAGCAGUCUCUGGCAGGAGGACCAGCUUUGGGGUUAACUGUGACAACAAAACCUGAAAACAAGGAUGUGGCUAUCCAGCCAAAUGGAACUCUCCCAGAGCACUUGGUGCCAGUUAACUGUGCAGCAGAAAUGAGAAAGCGGAGUCCUUCCUUACUCCCUGCCAACAAAGGGAAUGUGCUUCAGAAGGCCAAGGAAUGGGAAAUGAAGAAAACAUAAAGUGUCACUGGACCCCAUCCCUGAGGAGGACUCCUCCGAAGCAAUGGGACACAUUUAUGAAAAGGUUGAGACAACACAAACGCCUUUUCAUGCUUCAAGCAAACUGCAGAAGGAUAUUGAGGGAACCUGGUUCUUCAGCAGGAACCCACCUUCCAGUGAACAAAGGAUUAACAAACUGAUGAGCUUUUGAGAACUGGUUUGGGUAAACUGGGGAGGGGGGACUUUGGGAAAGAGGGUGGGCAAGGGAAAUCCUUUCAAGGAUUUUUUUUAAAAAAAGCUGUGUUCUUAAAUACCCUUUUUGAAUGGCCCAGCAGGAGCAUUUCAAAUAGGUCUGGCAUGCCAGCUAUCUGGACUUUAUCAACUUUGUUCUUUGGUAAUGAAGCUACAGGAGAAUGCCUACUUUGGUUUAACAGGAGUGAUGGGAGGGAUGAUGAGGUGGUUCAGAGAUCCUCACUCAAGCUAGCCAAUGACUUUGAGGAAGCCAUCUUUUAAACUUCCUUGUGGAAGUACCUCUCAUACUUGAGGGCAGGUGAGCAUCCCUCACUUCUACGAAAUGAGGCAUGGCACAGAGAUGCAUUGCAGUCAGUUCUCUGGAAAGAUGCUGUUUACAGCAUGUUUUGCUGUUCUGCUCUGCAGCCAAACUCUAUCAGAGCAAGUAUUGUUGAUUAAACAGGGGCACAAUGAAGGAUCCAUGAGAAAGACAACACUAUCAACAUGGUGCUUUGUUUUAGCUCAGGACUGCCAGUACUGACCUAGGUGAGGAGUCAGCUUUCACUGUUUCUCUCAGGCUGCUAUGUAACAUUUUUAAUGUGUCAGAUAAAAUCAAUAGCUACAGAAGGUCAUGAAGUAUUCAUUUCCCCCACUCCAUAAGAAAGUCUAUGAAGUUCUCCUGCCUUACUGUUGUUACAGUCCAUUUGUCCACUCUCCUGCUUUUUGCUGUACAGCAAAGCUGGACUCCCCUUACAAUAACAGGUGAGACAGAACAGCGAAUAAAUAAACUGAAAAUGCAAGAAAUCAGCUUCUACAAAAUGUUUCCCACCUCCAGAGUUAUUUUUAAAAGGACACUGAGGUCAAUAGGACUGCUCCUGAAGGCUUUUUCCUCUGUUAAAUAUCUCUGGAAGACACUUGAAGCAAACUUGAUCAAUGUUAGGUUCCUAUCAUCCCAAGUGAUAUACACAAUAACAGGGACUUUACUGCCUUUUCUGUUUUAUAAAACCCUUCUCUGAUAAGGGCUAUGGUUGCACAUUUUUUUGCAUUGUAAGGUGUCUGUCUCCGUGCGCAUAUGGUCUCUGGUCAAUUGCAGAUCUGUCUGAUUAAGAGAAUGUGAAGAGAAAACCUGAGAGAGGCCUGAAGAGGCCCCAAGGUAAAAGCCAUAAUAAACACCUGCAAUUGUCCUCCUGCUGUGCCAAUUUCCAAAAGACCAGAAGCUGUAGUGACCUAGUUUCCUUUUAUAAGGGGAGGUGGGUGGGGUGCUUGUAUCUCUCCGGAAGCAUAUUGUGGCAUACUUUUUAUUAUUUAAGAAUUGUCUGCACUUUAAGAUCUGGAUCCUCUCCCUUUACCACCCCCAAAUAAAAGAUGAUCUUUGUAGUGAA